AUGAGCAGCCGCGUCCGCGAGGUUUUGCGGCAACGCAGGGCAGCAAGCAGAGCGGUGGGAAUGAGCGACAAGAACAUACGUGUCGAUGCCCGUACAUGCGUCGAACUGAUCCCUCUCACGUGGGUGAUGAAUACGUUGGUGUUGCCAUGGUAUCUUCCAGCUGGUACCGUUGCUUUCGAGCCGCAUAUGGAAUACGGAGAGAGCGAAGGCGGCAUCUCAGACGAGGAAGAGGACUCCUCGGUCCCAAUUACUUCGUCAGUGACGGGCACUGCAGUGUUGCCAGAGAGCCACAACCCCCAAACUCCGACGGCUGUGCUCCCAACACCGUCGCCGAUGCCAGCGAAGCGAACCCUUGCCCUGAACUAUUACUUUGGACUCGACCAGGCGGAAGAUGGCCGUUCUUCUCAUCCCCAAACUGACGCGGCCACCGCAGUGGCUAGCAUUGGAGCGUCCGGGGUACCAGAAGAUAGCAGCAGCUCGUCAGACUCUAGCGAAAGCCUGUUCGACGGGCUCAGCCGCAGCAGCAGCAACAGUAGCAACACCAGCAGUAGCAGUAGCAGCAGUAGCACUUCCAGCUACUUAAGGGAUCCGCAGCUGGAAAUUAGCACCUCAGUUGGCAUUGCCGCAGCGCAGCAGCAUCUGGAGGAGCCAACGGAAUGCAUUCGCCGCUCGGCAUCAGAGGGGGCUGAACUUGCAUCAUUAGACAGAUCAGAGGGUGCCAGCAGCAGUACCCAGAAACAACAGGAACGGCCAUCGACAGCAAAUGCACCUGGUAGGCUGUUGCUGCCAUCCGUUGUUUCCAUUUCGGCGUUUAGACUGGGCCCAAUCGGCUUCCGACGGGUCACGAGUGCAGCAGAUGCUGCACCUGGAAUGCAGCAACCUACUGCACCAGCUGCUGCUUGUGCUUCCGCUUCUGAAGGCAGCACUGAAGCUCCUGGUGCUGUUGUGGAUGCCGUCGGCUUGGAUGGUUCUGCUGUUGUUGAAGGCCACCUACAAACCGCCAUGCGCCCGAAAAUGCAGCUUCCCUUGGAUGGGUUUUCGUUGUCUCCCCCCGCAACUAGGGGCAGUUCAGUUGCAGUAGCAGCGGAGUCUGGCCAUGUGCUGCAACCGCUUGGUCCCGGUUUCCGUGCAGCCGCAUUGUUGGGGCUUCAGGUGAAAGAGGCGGAGGCUGGCGCAGCCACGCAAACAGCUACACGAACAAGUGAGGCCCCAGGAGCCUCUACUGGAGAGUUCACUGCUGCAGGGCGUGUGGAGCAACACUUAAGCAUGGGCGACACGAACGCUGCUGCUGGAGACAGCUGCGGAGGCUCCUGCACGGCCGUGGCGUCAGCUUCCUCAAAUUUGGGAGUAAGCAUUGCUCCAUCGGAGAACCGCCGAAGUAAAAGUGAAGAUGCUGCUCCAGCUUACUCGUCUCUCAGGAUUGGGGCAGAUGCAUCUGUUGUUCUCGAAGGAGUACAACCCAAAGGAUGUCGCGCAUCUGCACAGACAGGUGCUGUGAGUCAUGCCGACUCGUCUUCUCGCCGGAGCGUGGCACCAGCGCAUUUCACUAGUGCCAGGUUUGAACCUCCACCUGUUAGUGCUGCUGCUCCAACGAGCUCUGCAACACGCCUUUGGCUGCCGCGGAGCACCCGUGAAAUGCAUGCAUGCAGCAGCACGAGUGCGAUGUUCAUGGCGCUAGCUCAGGAAACACCUGAGCGUACCCGGUCUCCUGAGGGCUCCAAAGUGGGCAUGCCGAGGAACUCAUUCAGUGCAGCAUUUGCUGCAGCAGGCGCAGCAACGAAGGCUGGGGAGGCUGCAGCAAGAGAGGCUGCAGCGAUUCGUGCAUCUACGGCGGGAACCGCCGACGGUCUUGGAUCGUAUUCUUCAUUCGAAUCAACAGAUCCCCUAACCAGCCGUUGCGAUUCGUUCGCCUCUGCAGCCAGUCGCACCCGGAAUGACGACGAAGCACACGUAGCAGGGCUGCAGCAAAUGCAGCAGAAGAAAGGGGAUGGGACCGCUGGAGAUUGUCAGCAUACGGGGAGUCGCAGUGCUGACACAUCUGCUGUGCCACGGACCGCAUCUUAUGAGUCCCUACUAACGGGUAGCUCCAAAGAAGCUGGUGAAGCAUCGCCUCCUUCCAGUCGUUCCAGUGUGAGCUAG